AGUUGAACUUGCGACUCACUGCUGCCCUCAGCUAGGAGUCGGGGGCGAGGGCAGAGCCAGUGCCGGAGGCGGAUCCUGGGCGCGUGCGGGCCACAGGCGCGCUGGGCAUGAACUUGGAGGGCAGCGGCCGAGGCGGAGAGUUCGGCAUGAGCUCGGUGAGCUGCGGCAACGGGAAACUCCGCCAGUGGCUGAUCGACCAGAUCGACAGCGGCAAGUACCCAGGGCUGGUGUGGGAGAACGAAGAGAAAAGCAUCUUCCGCAUCCCCUGGAAGCACGCGGGCAAGCAAGACUACAACCGCGAGGAGGACGCCGCCCUCUUCAAGGCUUGGGCACUAUUUAAAGGAAAGUUCCGAGAAGGCAUAGAUAAGCCAGACCCUCCUACCUGGAAGACACGCUUACGAUGUGCUCUGAACAAAAGCAAUGACUUUGAGGAGCUGGUUGAGAGAAGCCAGCUGGACAUCUCAGACCCCUACAAAGUAUACAGGAUUGUUCCUGAGGGUGCAAAAAAAGGAGCGAAGCAGCUCACGCUGGAGGACCCACAGAUGACUGUGAGCCACCCCUACACCAUGACAGCUCCUUAUACCUCACUUCCAGCUCAGCAGGUUCAUAACUACAUGAUGCCACCCCAUGACCGAAGCUGGAGAGAAUAUGUCCCUGAUCAGCCUCACCCAGAAAUCCCAUAUCAAUGUCCUGUGACAUUUGGACCCCGCAGCCACCACUGGCAAGGCCCAGCUUGUGAAAAUGGUUGCCAGGUGACAGGAACCUUUUAUGCUUGUGCCCCGCCUGAGUCCCAGGCCCCCGGAAUCCCCAUAGAGCCAAGCAUAAGGUCUGCUGAAGCCUUGGCGCUCUCAGACUGUCGACUCCACAUCUGUUUGUACUACCGGGAGAUCCUGGUGAAAGAGCUGACCACAUCUAGCCCUGAAGGGUGUCGGAUAUCCCAUGGGCACACCUAUGACGCCAGUAACCUGGAUCAGGUCCUUUUCCCCUACCCAGAUGACAAUGGCCAGAGGAAAAACAUUGAGAAACUUCUGAGUCACCUGGAAAGGGGUGUGGUCCUGUGGAUGGCCCCUGAUGGCCUUUAUGCCAAAAGACUAUGCCAGAGCAGAAUCUACUGGGAUGGGCCCUUGGCACUGUGCAGUGACCGGCCCAACAAACUGGAGAGGGACCAGACCUGCAAGCUUUUUGACACACAGCAGUUUUUAGCAGAGCUACAAGCAUUUGCUCACCAUGGCCGUCCUCUGCCAAGAUUCCAGGUAACGCUGUGCUUUGGGGAAGAGUUUCCAGAUCCUCAGAGGCAAAGGAAGCUCAUCACUGCUCAUGUCGAACCUCUACUAGCCAGACAACUAUAUUAUUUUGCUCAGCAGAACAGUGGACAUUUCCUGAGGGGCUAUGAUUUACCUGAACACAUUAGCAGUCCAGAGGAUUAUCACAGAUCUAUUCGCCACUCCUCCAUUCAAGAAUGAAAACCAUCAAGACAAGUGAUUUUGUUUCAUUUAAAUAUCUGACUUUAAUAGGAACAGCUGAUUGAACUGGGGCUUUUUCUUUUGAGAAACUUGGAAAUGGGGCUUCAGUUCAACACUUUAGGAGAAUCUCAGCAAGAAUGAGUAUAAAAAACCAACCCCAUCUAAAUGACAAAUGAGCUUAUUCCAAAAGGAAGGACAGUCUUCAGGGUCUUCCGUAGACUGCCAACUUUGAUGAUUACUGUGAAAAUUGACCAAAGAAAGUGUUUACAUUUACUUAAAAUGAUAUCUUUAAUUUGAUGUGGAUUAUUUCUUGCUUUAAAACUGAGAAAACUUGUCUUUCAGUAUUUACCACUAAUUAGAAGGAUAAAAGCACUUAGGUGCUGUACUAUUUCUCAGGGAAGUAAUAUCUAAAUUUGAGGUGACUGCCUACAAAAGAAAUAUAUUAAUGCACAUAGGUGAUGUUGCUCUUGUAUAAAACGCUUGCUAAUAGAAAGAAACAGAAUCAUUGACUGAGGUUGGACCAUGGGCCUCCAGCUUUGGGGUGGCUCAUCACCCCACCUGGCCUACGUCUCACUCCAUGACAGGCUUCCCUGCCCUGCCUCACACUGUCCCCCAUUUGCUCUCUUUUCUUGAGUGCCCCUGGAAGGUACUUGGUAUUUCUUGGAGCCAAAAAGCAUUAGUGCUAUACUCGAUUAGUACA